GCGACCUAAUAGCUGCUUCACCCGAGGGGACCACUCCUUCUUGCUUUUCUUCAACAGUAGACUGGGAAGAGAGGUGACGCCGAUCAUAGACAACAAAAUGCACGCUUUGGUAAUUCUGUGUUCGCUGGUGGUGGCAACAUCGGCACAGGGCUCUACACCCAACAUCGUCGACUACCUGACGUCAAGGCGUUACACCCAAAUUGUCAGCCUUCUGAAAACGGCCGGGCUCACUGACACUCUGAAAGGAGAUGGUCCCUUCACCGUGUUCGCACCAAGCGACAGAGCCUUCCGUAACCUCGACGCCGCCGUCCUCGGUAGCCUCCAGAACGACACUGCCAAGCUUGCAGCUGUACUGAAGUAUCAUGUCGUCAGCGGCAUCCACAAGGCUGCCGACAUCAACUACAACGAACUUCAGCUAGAUUCUCUCCAGGGCUCAAAAAUCAGAAUGAACCAUUAUUUGUCAGUCGGCGGCCUGACUGCAGAGGGACAACGCAUCAUCUCCCCUGACCAUGUCGUGAGCAACGGUGUUGUUCACCUCAUGAAUGGAGUCAUGAUGCCGCCAUCUGGAACCGUUGUCGACAUCGUCAGCAACGACGGGGAGCUCACCACCCUCCUGGCCGCAGUCCAGAAAGCCGGCCUCACCAACUUCCUCCAAGACCAGCACCCAAUCACUGUGUUUGCUCCUACUGACAAAGCUUUUGCUGACCUGGGAUCCGACGUCGUCGGAGCCCUCAUCAACAACCCAACUCUCCUCACCAGUAUCCUUAAGUACCACGUUAUUCCUGGGACUCUGUACAAGGCUGGGUACCACUCAACAUCUCUUGAUACCUUUGAGGAGGCCGACAGAAUCAGGCUCCACCGCUUCAUUUUCAGUUACGAGGUUGACGAUGGCACCCUCGACAAAGUUGAGCUGAGUGCCCUCAAUGGCGUUGUCCACAAGAUCGAUAAAGUGCUGAUCCCAAGUUCCCUGUCAGACCAAGUCAAAGCUCUCACUGCUGGUGCCACAACAGCUACCCCCUAUCUGUUCCAGAUCGUAACCCUGGAGGGGCAGGCCAUUCAAUCAUCUAAUCACGUGUUGAGUAAUGGAGUUGUUCACUUCAUCAAGGGCGUGAUGAUGCCACCGGCGGGGACCGUACUGGACGUCGUCUCAAAAGACGGAAAUCUUACCACACUCGCUUCAGCUAUUAAGACUGCGAUGCUAGACAAUUUCUUUCAAGAUCAAAAGCCCAUCACCCUCUUUGCUCCAACUGACGAUGCCUUCAACAAACUCGGAAGUGCAACUGUACAAGGUCUUAUCGCCGACCCUAUACUUUUGAAAAGCGUUCUGCAGUACCACGUGGUCCCAGGGACGAUCUACAGGGCAGCGUACCACACCAGCUACCUGCACACCUUUGAGGAGGCCGACCAGAUUAGACUACAUAGAUUCCUCUUUUUUGGGUACGAGGCUGAUGAUGGCGGUAUGGUGGACGAUGAGGUGAGUGCCACCAAUGGGGUUGUCCAGAAGAUUGACGCUGUUCUCAUCCCCAGCUCGCUGUCUGACCAGGUCAAGGCUUUGACCGCUGGAGCAACGACAGUUGGUGCCAAUAAACAUCAGCAACUUCACUGUAUUGAGGGGGAUACCUCUUCCUCGUACGCGGCGCAGUCGACAACAGUACCUACAUCAAACAUCAUCGACCACCUGACUACACGACGCCUCACCACCCUCCUGAAUCUUAUUCAGCAAGCAGGGCUUACUGAUACCCUUAAAGGACCUGGACCAUUCACCCUGUUUUCCCCUGACGUGACCUCUCUGGGCAAUUUGGAUGCAACUGACCCGGCAAAAGUGACCGCCCUUAUCAAAUACCACGUGGCCAAUGGUCAAUACCGACGAGCUGAUCUGUACAAUGAGGAGAGUCUCACUUCCCUCCUGCCCAACCAAAGCAUCAGGGUCAACCACUAUGUCAGUAAAGGGAUCGUAACCCUGGAGGGGAAGGACAUUCGAUCAUCUGAGCAAGAGUUGAGUAAUGGAGUUAUUCACUUCAUCAAGGGCGUGAUGAUGCCACCGGCGGGGACCGUACUGGACGUCGUCUCAAAAGACGGAAAUCUUACCACACUCGCUUCAGCUAUUAAGACUGCGAUGCUAGACAAUUUCUUUCAAGAUCAAAAGCCCAUCACCCUCUUUGCUCCAACUGACGAUGCCUUCAACAAACUCGGAAGUGCAACUGUACAAGGUCUUAUCGCCGACCCUACACUUUUGAAAAGCGUUCUGCAGUACCACGUGGUCCCAGGGACGAUCUACAGGGCAGCGUACCACACCAGCUACCUGCACACCUUUGAGGAGGCCGACCAGAUUAGACUACAUAGAUUCCUCUUUUUUGGGUACGAGGCCGACGAUGGCGGUAUGGAGGACGAUGAGGUGAGUGCCACCAAUGGGGUUGUCCAGAAGAUUGACGCUGUUCUCAUCCCCAGCUCGCUGUCUGACCAGGUUGGUGCCAAUAAACAUCAGCAGCUUCACUGUAUUGAGGGGGAUACCUCUUCCUCGUACGCGGCGCAGUCGACAACAGUACCUACAUCAAACAUCAUCGACCACCUGACUACACGACGCCUCACCACCCUCCUGAAUCUUAUUCAGCAAGCAGGGCUUACUGAUACCCUUAAAGGACCUGGACCAUUCACCCUGUUUUCCCCCGACGUGACCUCUCUGGGCAAUUUGGAUGCAACUGACCCGGCAAAAGUGACCGCCCUUAUCAAAUACCACGUGGCCAAUGGUCAAUACCGACGAGCUGAUCUGUACAAUGAGGAGAGUCUCACUUCCCUCCUGCCCAACCAAAGCAUCAGGGUCAACCACUAUGUCAGUAAAGGGAUCGUAACCCUGGAGGGGAAGGACAUUCGAUCAUCUGAGCAAGAGUUGAGUAAUGGAGUUAUUCACUUCAUCAAGGGCGUGAUGAUGCCACCGGCGGGGACCGUACUGGACGUCGUCUCAAAAGACGGAAAUCUUACCACACUCGCUUCAGCUAUUAAGACUGCGAUGCUAGACAAUUUCUUUCAAGAUCAAAAGCCCAUCACCCUCUUUGCUCCAACUGACGAUGCCUUCAACAAACUCGGAAGUGCAACUGUACAAGGCCUUAUCGCCGACCCUACACUUUUGAAAAGCGUUCUGCAGUACCACGUGGUCCCAGGGACGAUCUACAGGGCAGCGUACCACACCAGCUACCUGCACACCUUUGAGGAGGCCGACCAGAUUAGACUACAUAGAUUCCUCUUUUUUGGGUACGAGGCUGACGAUGGCGGUAUGGUGGACGAUGAGGUGAGUGCCACCAAUGGGGUUGUCCAGAAGAUUGACGCUGUUCUCAUCCCCAGCUCGCUGUCUGACCAGAUUCUUGUGAAACCAAUCCUUCUUCUUGCAAGUUGGCUCCGUGGUGCUGCUAGAGACAAAAUGUAUGCUUUGUUAGUUCUUUGCAUGCUGGUCGUUACUGCAGCGGCGCAGUCGACAACAGUACCUUCAUCAAACAUCAUCGACCACCUGACUACACGACGCCUCACCACCCUCCUGAAUCUUAUUCAGCAAGCAGGGCUUACUGAUACCCUUAAAGGACCUGGACCAUUCACCCUGUUUUCCCCCGACGUGACCUCUCUGGGCAAUUUGGAUGCAACUGACCCGGCAAAAGUGACCGCCCUUAUCAAAUACCACGUGGCCAAUGGUCAAUACCGACGAGCUGAUCUGUACAAUGAGGAGAGUCUCACUUCCCUCCUGCCCAACCAAAGCAUCAGGGUCAACCACUAUGUCAGUAAAGGGAUCGUAACCCUGGAGGGGAAGGACAUUCGAUCAUCUGAGCAAGAGUUGAGUAAUGGAGUUAUUCACUUCAUCAAGGGCGUGAUGAUGCCACCGGCGGGGACCGUACUGGACGUCGUCUCAAAAGACGGAAAUCUUACCACACUCGCUUCAGCUAUUAAGACUGCGAUGCUAGACAAUUUCUUUCAAGAUCAAAAGCCCAUCACCCUCUUUGCUCCAACUGACGAUGCCUUCAACAAACUCGGAAGUGCAACUGUACAAGGUCUUAUCGCCGACCCUACACUUUUGAAAAGCGUUCUGCAGUACCACGUGGUCCCAGGGACGAUCUACAGGGCAGCGUACCACACCAGCUACCUGCCCACCUUUGAGGAGGCCGACCAGAUUAGACUACAUAAUUCCUUCUUCUUUGGGUACGAGGCCGACGAUGGCGGUAUGGAGGGCGAUGAGUUGAGUGCCACCAAUGGGGUUGUCCAGAAGAUUGACGCUGUUCUCAUCCCCAGCUCGCUGUCUGACCAGGUCAAGGCUUUGACCGCUGGAGCAACGACAGCUGCAUGAAGACAUUACCUUGUAAUCCCUUGUAAUUGUGAUUGAUUAAAUCCAACAUCAUA